UGUGUCACGGUGCUACCUUGCUUUUGCCUCGCCCCUGCUUGCGGGGCGGAAGGCCUCUAAGCUCGGGGGCGGGGCCGCGGGCCGGAAGUCCCGCCCCGGAAGCGACGACGUGCUGGGGCCAUGGCGGCGCUUGGGCGGCGGUGGACUGUGCGGCUGCUCGCCGCGCUGCGGCCUUUGCACGACGCGGCUCCGUCACGGGACGUGCUGCUCUUCCAGCACGAACGGGGCCGCUUAUUCGCCGUCCUCGGGCUGUUCUGCGCGGGCCAGGGCGUCUUCUGGGCGUCCCUGGCCGUGGCAGCCUUGGCCCGACCCCCGGCCCGGGCGCUGCCUCCAGACGCGGAGCCCGCAGACCGCGGCCGCUUGGACCUGCGCUCCACGCUCUGGCGCUACGGCCUGGCCGUCGGCUGCGGCGCCAUCGGUAUCCUGGUACUUGGCGCUGGUCUUCUCUUCUCCCUCCGUUCUGUGCGUUCAGUGAUGCUGCAGGCUGGAGGGAAGCAGGUGACCCUCACCACUCAUGCCCCCUUUGGCUUGGGUGCUCAUUUCACCGUCCCUUUGAACCACGUGUCCUGCAUGGCCCACCGUGGUGAAGUCCCUGCUAUGUUGCCUUUGAAGAUCAAAGGCCGGCGCUUCUACUUCCUCUUGGACAAAGCUGGACAUUUCCCCAACACAAAACUCUUUGACAAUACUGUGGGUGCCUACCGCAGCUUGUGAAGGAACCACCUUGGGUCGCUCACCUCUCCCAGAGGGGAAUAAAAACUGAACCUUGGAGAUGGGGUGACAACCAAGGGCAGGACACAAGGGGGCCCAGGGUUCAUGAGCAGCAAAUAAAAGAGCAGUCAUCCCAAGGGCAAGGGACAGAACCUCUGACUUUUGUUCCCUAUCUGUUUAGCUCUGUCCUCCCAUCCACCUGCCUACAGUGCUUUAACACCAAGAACUCAGUACCAAGAUGAAGGAAGAAAGUAAUAUAAUAUUCUGGUACAAAAACAGCUGUAGGAAGAGAGGUGGAGGGGGCCUAUCAUCAUGUUUCCCUCGUGGAGGGAAAACAGGCUCCCAGCAUAAAAAGGGCCAUGAGGGGGCAACAGGAUUGUAGGCACUUGGGCACAAGAGUCUUUGGCUGCACGAAACGUUCUUUGGUUACUCCUCAGGAAUGGGAAAGGCGUGGCCCAACGAGAGCGUCUGUCUCAGAGCUCCAUUCAGGGUCGCCCCGCUCCAGAGGCCGGUAUGGGGCGGCUUCGGACUUCCACUGCACCACCUGAAGCACCAAGACCACACACCACAAUACCAGAUUCACCCAAGAAGAGGUCUGUGGGAGACAGGAACAGGAGUGUGAGGAGUGUGGCCAUCUCAAACCCAGUUCCACCCACAAACCACUAUUCUCUGUUCAUGGUCAGGUUGAAAGCCCUUCAGCCUCUCACUGGAGAGCACCCUUAACAACUACAGGUGCUUAUAGGAAUCUGUGGGUCCCUGGGUUUCCACCAGUCUUUCAUAUUCCAGGACCUCACUUCAGCAUUGUGUAGGUUGGAGUAAAACUGCAGGGCGGUUCCAGGGGGUGUCCAUGGAAGUUUCUGGGCUUCAGAGCAGCUGUGAGGUCAAAGAGAUGGUGGUGAGAAAGGGAGGAUAUACUCCGAACACACCCAUGCCCAGGUGCCCUUCAAGGUGAGAGCAACUGAC